UGUCUCUCUCUCAUCUUGUUUUUCGAUAAUUUAGGCCUCAUUGUUCUCCCGCUCACUUAGCCCUCUCUCUCUCUCUUCCCUCCUCCCAAUGGCCACCGCCAUUAGAAUCACCACACUCUUUUCCAUCUCAGCCCCUUCUCCUUCGUCUUCUCGGUCUCUUCAUUCCCAUUCCACUCUCAUCAACGGCCUCAAUCGCCGGAUCUCGCUGCUUAGCCUCCGAGCCUCGUCGGAAUCGGGACUCUCUCCUGUCGAAGUGAUAGGAAUAGGAAGCAGAAAGGAUGCCCUAAUCGAUUUCUGCCUCUCGAAUCCGAUGGCCUCGUCGUCUCGCCUCAGAUUCUGGACUGUUCAUUUGGGGGAUUCUCAGAAAGUGCAACUACUACAAAGGUGCCAUCGAGCAGAAGCGAUCCUUAGAGAUGUGGAGUUUCCACUUUCACUUGCAAGUUUUUCUGCUAUCAUUCUUGUGGCCAGUGCAGGAUUUGGCACAGAUCACAUUGCUGCAAUGGAGCUUCUAAAUAGUGUUAAAUCUGCUGGUGGAUUGGCUGUUGCUAUUCUGUUGAAGCCAUUUAGUUUUGAGGGACAAAGACGAGUGGAAGAGGUAGAUGAUUUGGUGAAUAAGCUUCAAAAGUUCUCACACUUACUUAUAGUUGUUGAAGCGGAUUCUCUACUUAAGGCAGAAAUGGAAACAUUAGCUGAGGCUUUAGACAGUGUAAACAAUGCUGUCUUCUUGGCUAUGCACACGAUCUCUAUAUUGAUGUCUGAGGUGCAUUUAAAGAUACUUAAUGCACCAAAUGAGCAGAUGAAAGAAGUCAAAUCAUUUGAGGUACUACAGCUAUUAGAAACCUAUGGAGAAGCUAAAGUUGGGUUUGGAGCAGGCUAUAACCUUAACUCAGCAAUUACACAGGCUGUCUUCAAUUGUCCCUUCCUUUCUGGUGAUUUCAAGGAUUUCAAUGGUGUAAUUCUUUUUACCCUUACAUGUUCUUGUGGCAUGGAUGAAAGUGAUUUUGCAUCUGCUAUUCUCAACUUUCGCCGGAUUACAGAGUGCACCGGGGACGUCAUAUUUUCUACCGUCCAUGAACCUAGUCUGGAGCCAAAUCUAAUUGUAGCAACGCUGCUGGUAGUCGGCCGUGAAGAAAAAAGGGUUUCUCAGAAGAAGAGCUUUUUGUCUGGUCUGGCUUUACAUUUCCCCUUUCUGUUCUCCGUUUUUGGGGAAGAUUUUUCAGAACACAACGGCAGCAUAUCUGCUUGCCUACCUAGUAAAACAUCAGAGGAUGCCAGACCUAACAGUGAGAGCAUAUCAUUAAAUUUAGAAGAUGGUAUUCUUGAAGCAAAAGUUGAUGAGAAGGAAACUGAUCCCAGCAGAGAAUCAAUUCAUAGUCAUGAAAUUUUGGGUGGAGAUUCAUCAGAAAUCAACUGUGAGUCAAUCACUGAAAAUACUUAUCAACCUAAUUCAGGCUCAGGCGGUCAAAGAGACCAAGACAAUAAUUCUUAUUUUGGUCCUGGGUUCAGUUUUGCGCAGCUAUGGGCUAAGCGAAGAGCUGAUUUUGUUAGAUCUGGCCAGAGUGACAUGGUAGAAAAUUUCACUCCUCCUAUUGGUGUGAAAUUCUCCUCAGAAAUGUGCUCUAAUCAAGCAUGUUCAGAGUCCAGUCUUCCAGAAACCUGUAGCAAAAUGUAUUCAGACUCCCUUCACGCUGCAAACUUUUCUCCAAGGGAUCAAUUGUCUGAUAAUGGUCUAGAGGCAUUAACGGAAAUUUAUAAUAUUGCUUUUAAAGCUCUAAAAAGAAGAAAUGUGGAUGAGCCUAGAAAGCGUGGACUUCUUUCUGAACGUGCAGCUUCAAUGCUGGAAUCAGAAAGAGACUUACCUAGGAGCUGGACUCCUGUCGUGGAAUUGCAGUACAGAGGAGGAAUAUAUAGGGGACGAUGCCAAGGAGGUCUUCCUGAAGGCAAGGGAUGUUUGUCAUUAACUGAUGGAAGUUUCUAUGAUGGCAUGUGGCAUAAUGGUAAGAGAACAGGUCUUGGUACAUUCUGCUACAGUAAUGGUGAUGUGUUCCAAGGAGCAUGGAGGGAUGACCUCAUGCAUGGAAAGGGUUGGUUCUAUUUUCAUACUGGAGAUCGUUGGUUUGCAAACUUUUGGAAGGGGAAAGCAAAUGGAGAGGGUAGAUUCUAUUCAUAUAAUGGGAGCAUCUUCUUUGGCUUUUUCAGAAAUGGUUGGCGUCAUGGUGAAUGCAUAUGCAUAGAUGUUGAUGGCUCAAGGUGGACUGAGGUCUGGAAAGAAGGUGUGCUUGUUAGCAGGACUUUGCUGGAGAAGGGACCUAAAAGAUAGUUGAUCACCAUCCAUUCUCAUUUGUAUGGGGCUAAUCUCGGAGUAAUUUGUACAGUGCAUAUAGAUUCUCGGGUAAUUCCACGAUGAGAUAAUAUUUCAUGGUCAAUUCGAGGUGGAUGAAGCUUGGUCUCAAAUCCUCUCACACUACAGUACUACAAGGAAAUAAAGAGCUACAAGUGUUAAAGACGUUGCUGGCUGUGCUAAAGUUCCCUGGGGAGAGAUUCUAAAAGCAUUAGCUUUGCGAUGGGCCCUUCAUGAGUCUGAGGCAUGUUCUGCCAAAUUAGAGGAUAUGGAAAAAAAAAUGCAUAUUCUGGCACGAAUGACAUGGAAGAUUCUUUGGUCGUUUUGAACAUGCUUCUGGUUUUGUAUUAGUAUAGGAUCACUAGGCAUAUCGUUCAAUUUUUUUGACACUUGAUGCCAAUGAUGUGUUUGGUUUCUUCUGUAAUCAACGUCAGUUCCCUUGACUGAAUUUUUUUGAACUUUUAAACAUGGAUCUCUAUAACGGUCUAUGAAUGAGAGCAUAAAAGCUUAUGCGCGAAUCA